AGUUCCGUAACGUAUUAUGGUAGUAGUGCAUCUAUAGCCUACAUCCUCCCCUGCAUUCCUUUGCAUGCAUAUAAGUAAGCCGGCAAGCAUAAUCCGAAUUGUAUUUAAACCCCCAUGUCUUACCCGACUCUUCGGGAUAGGUAUAAGAUCUUGCUUGGCUGUUCUAUUCUUGAUCGCCAAGAAAGAAAUCGACACACCCCUUUAAUAGUUGCACUGCCGACUUUCCAAGAUGCCCCCCGUCAACUCGGCCGUUGUACUAGGGGUCCUGGGUCUCAUCCGUAAUGCUGUGGCAUGCUCCGGUUGUUCGGGCUCGGUAGGUCACGUCGUCGAACACGUCCGACAUGUGAAGCGUAUGCAGCCCGAUGCGAUAAAUGCUACCUACGGACCCACGAGGGCUCUAGAGUGGGGCCAACUGAACUUCCUACAUACCACUGAUACACACGGAUGGUUAGAGGGUCACCUUAAGGAAGCCAACUAUGGCGCCGAUUGGGGUGACUUUGUCUCCUUCUCGACUCGCUUCAAGGACCAAGCCGGCGACAUGGGUGUCGAUCUACUUCUAGUUGAUACCGGUGAUCUACAUGAUGGCGCCGGGUUGAGUGACGCUACCACACCCGACGGCGAGGUUUCGAUGAAGAUAUUCGACAAGGCCCAGUAUGACUUGCUAACUAUUGGUAACCACGAGUUAUAUCUCGCCGAUGUUGCCUACCAAGCUCUGGAUGAGAUAUCGACAUAUUGGGGCGAGAAAUAUCUCACGUCCAACGUUCAGAUACUCAACCAGCAGACGAAGGAGUGGCAGUAUAUCGGUAACACGCACCGAUACUUCACUGCUAAGCAUGGGCUUCGAAUCAUGGCCUUUGGCGUGUUAUUCGACUUUACUAGUAACACGAAUGUCUCUAAAGUCAUCCCUGCAAAGACUAUGGUUACGCAGAAAUGGUUUCUAGAUGUCCUUCAUACCCCGGAGCCCGUAGAUAUCUUCGUCGUUCUAGGUCACAACCCUGCCCGACCGACUGAUAAAGCGAGCACUUUCCCUAUUGUCUUUGACGCGAUUCGGGCGGUACAUCCGGAUACCCCUAUUCAGUUUAUCGGAGGCCAUAGUCAUAUUCGGGAUUUUGCUGUCUACGAUAGUAGUAGCACAGCGCUUGAGUCAGGCCGAUAUUGCGAAACACUCGGUUGGCUCUCGAUGUCGGGAUUCGACAGUAAAAGUAGUGGCCCUGCUGGUGUCCCUAACCCAACUCGCAAAGCAACGCAAAAUUCUACUUCUCCGUUCGUAUACUCCCGUCGCUACCUUGAUUGGAAUCGUAGAACCUUCGAGUACCAUGCUGCGACGUUGUAUAAUAAAAGCCUCGACUAUCAUAGCGGCUUGGCCGUUACAGAGGAUAUUACGAAGGAUAGGAAGCAGCUUAACCUCACCGAUGUGUAUGGGUGUGUUCCUCAGGUCAGUCGCCACCGACUCCCGGCCCCCUGA